AGUACCUUACCUUAUUUUGCUAAGCGAAAGGAAAAGUCUGUCAGACUCACUUGAGAGCUAGAAACCUGCUACGCGAGGCUAUUGGAAAAUAGUGAACACUCAAAUGGGCAAACUGUCUGUCUUGUUUUUUAUUUCGUUUUACACCAUUGGCAAUGCAGGUUCAGGAUCACAUUCUCUGUGGGCACUUGCAACAUAUAUAAGCGGAGAGACGCCUUUCCCUGAGUUUACGGUUGUGGUGAUGUUGGAUGAUGUUCAAGUGGCUUACUAUGACUCCAACAUGAAACACUUCAUCUACAGGGGUCAUAACACCUCAGACAAAAUACAUGAUGACCUAGCUCAGGACGGAGCUUAUGUAUUUGGAAUUAUAUACCAGAGCAUGAAAGAGAGAUCCUUCCACCUAAAGCACCACUUGAAUCUCACGGAAGGAGUUCAAGUUCAGCAAAGAAUGUCUGGAUGUGAGAUGUUGGACAAUGGUGAACCAGCCCUGAUCAUGUUUAAGGAGACUUUUAAUGGCAUUUUUGUAGAUCAUGCGAUAUUUAACAGCAUGACACAUUUUACAUACGAUUCUGGGACACUACUUGUAGGAUAUUAUGGGAUAAGGCAAGCAUAUGAAAAAGCACUAUUUGAGAACGUUUUACUUCCCAUUUGCAUCAAAUCACUGAAGAGAUUCCUGAAGAGAGAGAAGAACAUUGUGAUGCGUAAAGUUCCUCCCAGACUCAGGUUGAUAAAGAAAGAGGUCUCUGGAGGGUUUCAGGUGAGCUGUCUGGCGUUUGGUUUCUACCCCCGCCACAUCAACCUGACCCUGCUGAGAGACGGCCAGCCAGUGGCAGAACAGGAGCUGACAGGGGGGGAGGUGCUGCCUAGUGGAGAUGGGACCUACCAGCUGAGGAAGAGUCUGGAGGUCAGUACUGGGGAGCUAAAGAAGAGACACAACUACACCUGUACUGCCUUUCACCUCAGUCUGGACAACAAGCUGGAUGUCAGUUGGGAGUCUGGGGCAGAGAGAGUUCACCUAUCCACCCUCUCAGUUCUACUGGUGAUGCUGCUGAUUCUUAUUCUAUUGGGGAUUUUCAUUUGUGUCAAAAGGAGGUGGAGAUGCACUGCCUCCCAUCUGAAACUUGUCAACAUUGAUGCAAAAGCGUGAGAGGAAAUGAACCUUUCUUCAGAUUCUGAGACCUAAUAAAAUGUUGGGACACUGAUGUAGCUUUGUCAGUUCAGCUCAAUUCACAAUGAAAAUAUGACUGACUGCCAGAGCACCUAUGAAGGCAAGUGUGAAUUAUUCUGCUAUUGUCAGUCAGUCUUCCCUUCCCCUCAACAAAGGACUGUAAAGGAUCAGUGUGGGGAGACUGUUGACAAAAACAAAUAUCAGGGCAUGAAGGUAAUAUGGUAGUUAAUUCAUUAUGUAAUUUGUCAUUUCUAAUCAUGACUAUUCAUUAAUUUCACAAUGCACUCUAUAUAAGUUCUGUAUUAGCUGAUAUCCAGUAUCUUAACCAGAAGGAGAUCAUGUGAUCAUGUGUAUGAGGUCUGUUUGUUAUUGUAAUGUCUUUACAGUGUCUCUGUGUUGUAUUGUAUGUAGUGUAUGUUACCCCCAGGCUGUACAGUAAUACCUUUAUUACAGACAAUAACAUGUUGAAUAAUUUAUUACUCCAUUGAUUCAUGUUAACUAUGUCAUUAAUUUAUGUUAAUUAUAUACCUUAACUUCUCUCAGGAACUUGUUUAUCACUCUGGAAGGAAGAAAUCUGACCCUCUAUUUCACUCGAGUUUAAGACUGUCAUGAGGAUUAAUCUAAGGUGAAUGUUAUAUGCAUCAUAAACAAUGAAACUGUUUUCUGUUAGGGAGAGGUUACACCUAUCCACCCUCUCAGAUUCUUCAGACCAGAGUCUUCAGAUUCUCAGACCAAUAAAAUGACUGCCCACACUAUUAUUAUUAUUAUUGUUAUUGCAGUAUUACAGAUGAAGGAUCUUAAUUUGAGCCAGUUUGCUACAGCAGGAAAACAAUGCUGCAGCAACAGCAAAUGAUAAUUAUUAUGUGGAUUACUUUUGAAGGGGUUGAUACAGUUUUCGUCAAGGAAGUCUGAAAUUUCAAAGCGGAAAAUUCAACUUUCAGAAUACUUUUUAACCUCAAACCUUCCCCUGAAACAGGGUGAUCAAAUGAAGAUCCUACAUCUGUAUUGCUGACACAAAAUGUGCAAAAGAUUUUGUUAUUGUCGGUCGAUUUCCCUGCCCCUCAACAAAUUACUAUAAAGGUUCAGUUUGUGGAGACUGUUGACAACUAUAAAUAUCUGGGCAUUCGUCCAAAUCUGCAUUUAUAUAAAUUCAGCAAAAAAAUAAACGUCCUCUCACUGUCAA